AUGAAGCUAACAAAUCAGAGUGCUGUGCCGGUGUACACAAUCGCUGGUUCCUCAACAGCAAGGCCUUUACCAGAAUGGCUCGCACGAAAACGAAAGCGAUCGCUGAAGAACGACACCGAGUAUGCGAAUCGAGUGGAACUUCUUCAAGACUUCGAGUUCGAGGAGGCCAGUUCCUGCGUGCGCGUCAGUGCUGAUGGCGAGUGGGUGAUGAGUACAGGCACAUACAAACCGCAGAUCCACACACAUUACCUACCACAUCUCUCGCUCUCCUACGCUCGACAUACGAAUUGUCUGAAUGAAACAUUCAUUCUCCUCUCCGACGACUAUAGCAAAUCACUACAUCUCCAAUCCGACCGCUUCCUCGAAUUCCACACACCUGGCGGUCUUCACUACAGCACACGAAUACCGCGAUAUGGAAGAGAUCUGAAGUACAACCGUCGUAAUGCAGAAGCGCUGAUUCCGGCAGUGGGUGUGAACUCGGAUGGCAAUGGAGAGGUGUUUCGGUUGAAUCUGGAAGUGGGUCGGUUCAUGCGAGGAUAUGAGGUGGAUGUAGGUGGCGAUGAUAUGACCUCUUUCGGUGGUGGAGCGUUACAAGGAGGGAUCAAUGCCGGAGCUGUCAAUUGUGCUGCAAUCGCCGAGGAAAGUCAUGGUCUUUUGGCAUUUGGCACAUCCAUUGGGACAGUCGAGUUUUGGGACCAGCGAUCGAGGAACCGAGUGAGCGUCUUGGGUCCUGCUGUUUCAGCCGCCGAGAUGGAUCUGGAUAGCAGGCCUGAGAUCACCGCUCUGGAUUUCCACAAUUCUGGAUUGAACUUCGCCACCGGCAACACAAACGGAGUGGUGCGAACGUACGACAUGCGAUCACCGGUACCUCUGCUCGAGAAGCAACAAGGUUACGACUAUCCGAUCAAAAAUUUGGCAUAUUUGGACUCGCCAUUAGCUUCUGGGAAGCUUCUCAGCGCAGAUAAGAAAGGCAUCAAGAUUUGGGAUAGCACUUCUGGCGAUUACUGGAGUGGCGUGGAACCAGCAGUGGACCUUAAUCAUGUAGAGUGGGUGCCGGAUAGUGGUAUGCUCCUCACUGCAAAUGAGGGCCGACAACAGCAUGCGUUCUUUAUCCCACAGCUGGGCCCGGCGCCCAAGUGGUGCGCAUUCUUGGACAAUCUGGUGGAAGAAAUGGCCGAGGAUGCGGACGAUCCGAAUGCCUUCAAGUCUUCCGGCACUGGCGCUGGAGAAGUUUACGACAACUACAAAUUCUUGGACAUGAAGCAGCUUCGCGAGUUGAGCCUGGACCAUUUGGUAGGCACCACGAAUCUGCUCCGCCCAUACAUGCAUGGAUACUUUGUUGCACAGAAACUGUAUGAACAAGCACGGUUACUCACGAAUCCGGACCUGGCGCAGGAGCAACGGCAGAAGAGCAUACAGGCGAAGAUCGACAAGGAGAGGGAGAGCAGAAUUCGCGGAACCAAGAAGGUUGCCGUCAAGGUCAAUCGCAGGUAUGCGGAAGCACUGGCAGCAAGAGAAGAGGCCAACGAACGCCGGAAAGCACAGCGUGUGCUACGGCAAGGCGGCGACGAACCGCAGAUCGAAGAAGCCGGGGCACAGGACGAGGCAGCAGAGGCAGCGCCAAAGGCAGAAUCCAAGGGACUUGUGGACGACCGUUUUGCGGGCAUCUUCGACGACGAGGACUUCGAGAUCGACGAAACCAGCCGAGAGUUCGCCAUGCACAACCCAUCAUCCGCUCCCGUGGUGGCAGCCAAGAAGACCGGCCUCACUGCAGUCGAAGAAGAGCUCCUGGACGACCGCAAGCGCAACAGCGACGACUCUGCCGACAGCGACGACGACGACGAAGAUGCCAGCCGAGACGCUGUCUCCCGCCAACGACAGCGGAAUCCUGAAGAGUUCAAUGACUCGAAAGGACGCAUCGGCUCGACGUCAUACAAGAGGUCUGGGAAGAAGUCAAAGGAGCAACGUCAGGGUCAAUCGGGACCGACCAUGCGCGUGUCUUCUUCGACUCGUGGACCGAAGAAGCCUCAGGAUCGGAGAGACAAAUCAUUUGGUGACCUGGCGUCUUCCUUGCCAAAUCGCGCGAGGAGUACGGGUGGCAUGCCUGCUGGGGAGAAGCCUUUUGGUGAGAAGACUGUUACGUUCGCACCAGCGAAGUCCUCGCAAGGGAAGGGCAGACCGAGAGAUCGCUCUGAUGGUGGAGGAGAGGAUAACGGGAGGAAGGUCGGGAGGGGCAAGGAGAGGAGAAGUGCAUCUGGCAAUACGUUCAGAGGACUCUAG